CCUUGUGUCUGCACUGUUUCAGUCUCUGAGAAUAACUGGCUCUGCUUCUCCCUCUCUCUGUUUCUCUUCCUGUCAACUCAAUUCUGUCCAUAUCUCGCUGUCUAAUUCUCUCCGAGUCUCUCUCUAUCUCCUCCGUCGUACCGUAUUGCAAUCCUUUAGCCCCAGCGCCGAGUCGCAGCUCCACGUCUCCGUGUGUGCUUUAAAAAAAAAGGCUCUUGCUCUCUGAGUAAGAGUUCCAGUGAACAACACAUAUUUCUUAGAACUGCGGAGAAGUGAAACCGAAAGUGAGAAAUGUGCGCGACAGGACUGGUCGCUUGGAAGCAGGUGAUUUCCUUGAACAGGGGGAGGUGAUAAAAACCGAGCGAGAUGUCAGCUCGCACUCCAGAACUGAUCUAACAAGAGGCAAUGAACGUAUCCACUUCCCCGGAGCCCUGUAAACGUGUGAGGGAACGCGGUGCUAUCAAUCUCACACACACUCCACAACUCAGGCUGCUCAGUACAACUGGCACCCACCGACUUACAAGCCGCUCGCCGCUGCUACGCAUUGCCCAAGCGAACGGAUUUUCUCCCCGCCUCGUCCUCUCAACAGGACGCUUGGAAGCUUUAAUUUAAGUUCCCCGCAAACCCGAAUCUGAUGCAUAAGGGCUGGUGAUUAUCUGCAUUGGGUUGGAUCCUCUAGCUAUGGGAGACCACCGAAGAUCGCCCAUGCUAUAGGAUGGUGGCUGAUCGCAACCUGAUUGACAGAGCAGCCGAUGCCAGAGACCAACUGGAGCCUCAGGUACUGGAAGUGUUGGAGCAUGAUGAUGGAGCUCAGCAGCCCGACCUUGAACACCAGCCAGCGAGAGCCCGUCCCAGAAGCCGUCAGAUGGAAACACACUUCAAAAUCUUCCGAUCUGAGUCGGACUUCCACAUUGUCACCAGGACUUGGAGAUACCUGGAGGACAGUGGCUUCUAUUGGGGCCCCAUGUCAGUGGAGGUGGCUCACAACAAACUCAAGUCUGAACCCGUGGGAACGUUUCUUGUUCGGGACAGCAGACAGAAGGAUUACCUUUUCUCUCUCAGUGUCAAGACUGCCAAUGCUCCCAUCAGUUUCAGGAUUCAGUUUCAGGAUGGCCUCUUUGGUUUGGAUGGUAGCCACGAGCAGUUCAGCUGUGUCAUGAAGUUGAUCGAGCAUUUCAUGACUUCGCCUAGGAAGCUUCUCUCGAAACCUCUCAGAAAAGUCAGACUGCGGUCCCUGCAGGGAAUCUGCCGGGCCAGGAUUAUCGAGUCGUCCGGGAGAGAGAACAUUGAGCAGCUCCCCUUAAACCACAUCCUGAGGGAUUAUCUGAAAACGUUCCCUUUUCGGAUAUGAAAGAGCAGCAUUACCCUCCCCCUCCCCCCACCCAGACAUGUGAAGAGAAGGGGGCAUCAAAAAUCACCAGGAUUUUAUGCUCAGUCCUGUUUGUGGGAUUUCUCUUUUGUAGCAUUGUGUUUUUGUUUUGGAGAAAACUUGAACCAUUUCAUGACUGUUUACAGACACAGAAAAUGUUUACACUAUGUGGGGCCUGUGACCCAUUGAUUAUUUUCUGCCAUGCAGAGUUACAAUACAUUUCUUUUUGUAAUAAAACAAAAUAUAUUGUGGAA